AUGGUGGCUUUCUUCCCAUUCUUUCCAGUAGGUCCGAGCCGAGCCGGCAUGGCGCAAGGCGUUCGCUGCAAGCGCCACCGUUCGUUGGCUGCCGCCGUACAUCAGAGGGCGCGUCAGACGCUGAUAAUUGAUUCCGAUACGAGCGCGGGUGGCGCGCUCUCGCGGUGCGGCGCCGCGAUACCCCGCCCUCGCCUUGGCCCACCCCGCUCCGUCCCGCGCCUCCCGCCGCGCCUCGCCGCCGCAACCACCAACCCCAUGCCGCCCCCAGUAUCGCCUUAUGUGCCCCGCACCGCCCGCUCGGCCCGCCCGCUCGGCCCCGCCCCGCUCGGCCCCGCCCCGCUCGGCCCCGCCCCCGCUCGGCCCCGCCCCGCGCGGCCCGGCCCCGCGCGGCCCCGGCCCCGCUCGGUCCCGCACCGUCCCAUUCUGCCUCACCCUCCACAUCCUCCACACCCUACGUCGCCUCAGUUCCCGCCUUAUGCCGCCCCUUGCCUUGUCCCGCCCCUGGCUCGGCCCCGGCCCUUGGCUCACCCAACACGCUCCAUCCCGCCUGGACGUUGCCCUUUUCCCCCUCUCAUCCCUUCCGCCGUCGAACCCGCUCCGCCUUGGCGCAACCGAUCAUCGGGUUCCCCGCUUACGACGCUUGACCCGCCCCGCUCGACUCUUGAUCUUCACAGCUCGCGGUGUAAUAUUGAGAUUGGAAAGGCUCUGCGGGACUCGAAAACUGGAAUGCGACUCAUUUGCACACGGAUGCUUGUUGCUACUGUUAUCUCUAAGUUAAGCAUUAGGGCCCAGGCGGGGCACCAAAUUGAUAACACAACUUUACACUCCGCUGUGCCGUCAAUACCCAUUACGGAGAGAAAUAUUAACUCAAAUAUACGGCGCGCCCCUGGCCCCCGGGUGGCAGGAGGGGUGGUAGGGGCAUAUAGGGGUGGUAGUGGGGGUGGUGACGAGGGUAGGAAGUGGGCUGCGGCGGAGUUUGGUGUGGGGGACAUGAAGAAUGAACGUAUCACGGGCAAUGGUUACGGUGAAAGUGAUGAUAGUAAUGACGGCUAUAAUGGUGGGGUAUUAUAUACGCACGGAAAUCUUCUGGCCAGUGGGUCAGUUGCUGCUGGACCCAUCACCGUCACCAUGAAAAUACUUCUAACUAUCCUCUUGCUGGCAGUAGCAGCCGCGCAACAAGAGUCGCGGUUCAACUUGAAAACUCAUUUACAAUUGAUGUUUGACCGACCUGCUGAACCGCUCUUCGUUUUGAAAGGACAAAGAAGGGAUUUUCAAUUUGAUAUUCCGGAGGAAUUCGUGAACACGCGCUUUAAGAAGACUCAGAGAAAGAUACAAAAGCAAGCGGGGGCUAAUAUUUUAAAAAUAAAAAAAUUGGAUGUUUUGCCCGACAUUUCAUUCCCCAAGCAAUUGGGACGAAGAGAACAAUUUUCUCAUUUUGUUCCCAAACAUCGACAAAUGACCAAGCAACUGGUGCAGAUGUUAAUGAAUUCUAGUGACGUCGAAAGCUUCCUGUCUACCAGCGCGUAUUGUCGUGACCAAAUCAAUCCCUUCAUGUACUCUUACGCUCUGGCAGUGGCCAUACAACAUCGUCGUGACACAAUGGGCCUCACCCUUCCCCACGUGCCCUCUUUCUUCCCAGAGAGGUUCUUCGACGGCAGCGUUUUCUCCAAAGUACGAAACGAAGUCUUCCACGCGGCCGCAGAGGACAGGGAUGUCAUUGCAAUACCCCGAGACUUCACCGCCUCCGACCUGGAGCCGGAGCACCGCGUGGCGUACUUCCGGGAGGACAUCGGCGUCAACCUCCACCACUGGAACUGGCACGUAUACAACUUCGAUCGGUUAUCCAACAACCUGGCGCGAGUGCAACGGCUGCUGAACUGGCGAAAGCCGAUUGAAGAAGGUUACUUCCCAAAGCUCAACGCCAUAAUCGCCACUCGUGUGUGGCAACCCCGGCCUGCAAACUCUGUUCUGAAGUUGAGUGACAUUUCUCGGGACGACAUGCAGCUGGAUUUUGAUAUUUUGGAUCUGGAACGUUGGAGGGACAGAAUCUAUGCAGCUAUCAGCAGUGGAAAAGUUCUUGCAGAAAACAACACUUACGUUCCCCUUGAUGACUACACUGGCAUUGACAUAUUGGGAAAUAUGAUCGAGAGAAGUGAUAUUUCCAUCAACAGUAAUCUUUAUGGAGAUCUUCAUGGUUUAGGUCAUGUUGCCAUUGCUUUGGUUCAUGACCCCGAUCACAAGCACUUGGAACAAGCAGGUGUCAUGGGCGCUGUGGAGACAGCCAUGAGAGAUCCCGUCUUCUACCGAUGGCACUCGUUUAUCAACGAUAUGUUCGUGGCUCAUAAGCAAACUCUGCAACCUUACACUGAACAAGAGUUGGGCUUCAGGAACGUGCAAGUCGUGAGGGCUGACGUGGAGACGCAGUACCUGGACGUCCUCAACGAGUUUUCCACCUUCUGGAAGGAAGACGACUUCAACGUCGACAGAGGGCUGGACUUCAUGGGCAACGGAACCGUGCGAGUGCGUAUUACGCACUUGACGCACACGCCCUUCCGGUACCUCAUUCAGGUGAACAAUGCCGGUCCUCCUAGGAUCGGAACCGUGAGAAUUUUCAUGGCACCUCACUUUGAUGAACGUGGAAUCCAACUGACACUCCGAGAUCAGCGGCAACACUUCAUUGAAAUGGACAAGUUUCAAGUGCGAUUGCAAACAGGUCCGAACCAGAUCGAGCGGCUGAGCCGGCUGAGCUCGGUGACGAUCCCGCGAGAGAACACGUUCCGCGACCCGGCUCAGGAGCUCAACACCGACGCGGGCGAGAUGUGCACGUGCGGCUGGCCGCAGCACAUGCUGGUGCCCAGGGGCAAGGUCAAGGGCCUGCCCGCAGACCUCUUCGUCAUGGUGUCCGACGGCGCCGGCGACCAGGUACGCGACCCGCAGGGGCCGCCCAACACGUGCACGGACGCGCACAGUCUGUGCGGCAUCCGCAACCGCAUGUACCCGGACCGCCGCCCCAUGGGGUACCCGUUCGACCGCCUGCCGCGCGCCGGCGUCACCACGCUGCCCGAGUUCCUGCUGCCCAACAUGAUGGUCACGCCGGUCUUCAAAACAAUACAACAUAAAUAUUUAGAGGGCUCCGCGCGGAAAUUUGGCCGCUCCUGGAAUACCUACUGUGCCCCAAAGCCACUUAUGUUUGGGAGAUUGGGGGAGCCCAUUUCACUUUUAAAGGAUGACAAAGGAGAAGUAGUGUUCGACUUACCCAUUGAGGUUAUGCCAGUAGAACGCUACAGAAAGAAGGUGAAAAAGACCUUGAGCAAGAAUAAAGUCCGUCCAGUUGUAACAACGUUCUCCACAGCACAAGCAAGUGCACAUGUAGAAAUAGGAGGACUGGGACAGACAGUAGAAUUUCCUGAGAUAUUUUCUCCGGAAAUUGGGACAGUCAACGUAGCUGCCAACGCAGGUAGCACCUCCACCGCCUCAAUAGGCGAUUUCACUACCAAGGUUGAGGACGCCAUCAGAGAGGCCAAAUUACUGACCCGUUACGAACAAUUUUCGCCGUUCAUUCCUCAGCAUCGGAAGAUGGUAAAGGAGCUGAUUGACGUGCUUUUAGGGACCGACGACUUCCUGACGGCGAGCGCCAUCUGCCGAGAGCGAGUGAACCGCUUCAUGUUUAUGUACGCGAUGAGCGUGGCCAUGCUGCACCGCGAGGACACGGCGCAGAUGGCGCUGCCGCCGCUGCACACCGUCUUUCCCGAGAAGUACAACUUCGAGCGCUUCAGCAACAAGCUGGCCAGAGCCCCGCGCUUCCUCAACUGGCGGGAGCCUAUCGCGGAGGGCUACUUCCCCAAACUGGACAGCCAGGUGGCGAGCCGCGAUCUUGCUCGAGAAGACUUCCAAUUGUAUCUAGACGUCCAGGAAAUGGAACGCUGGAGAGAUCGCAUAUUUGAAGCAAUUCAUAGCGGGCGUGUGGAAACCGUAAACAACACAUUUAUUGACUUGGAUGAAGUGAAUGGAAUUGACAUACUUGGAAACAUCAUCGAAAGUAGUGACAUAUCCGUACACCCGAAUCUCUACGGUGACAUGCACAACAUGGGCCAUAUGUUUAUUUCACUCUCCCACGACCCCGAUCACCGACACUUGGAAACGUUCGGCGUAAUGGGAGAUCCAACCACGGCGAUGAGGGAUCCAGUUUUCUAUCGGUGGCAUGCAUUUGUCAACGACUUGUUCACGGCUCACAAGAGAACACUGACUCCCUACACCGAAGAACAGCUGAACUUCCCAGGCAUGCAGGUGACGGAGGUCGCGGUGCUCACGCGCGGCGCGAGGCAGCCCAACCAGUUCCUCACCUUCUGGCAGAAGAGCGACAUCGACAUCUCCACCGGCAUCGACUUCGUCCCGGGCGGCCCCAUUCUGGUCCGCGUCACUCACCUGCAGCACGAGCCCUUCACCUACGCCAUCAAGGUCAUGAACUCCGGGCGGCCGCGCACGGGCACCGUGCGCAUCUUCCUGGCGCCGCGCUUCGACGAGCGCGGCACGGAGCUCAGCCUGCGCGACCAGCAGCGCUUCUUCAUCGAAAUGGACAAGUUCCCCUUCACCGGGCCGAACACGAUCCAGCGCCUGAGCACGCAGAGCUCCGUGACCAUCCCGUACGAGCGCACUUUCCGCGACCUGAGCGCGGUGCCGUCCGACCCCGAGGGGCAGGCGCAGUUCUACUACUGCGGGUGCGGCUGGCCCCAGCACAUGCUCGUGCCCAAGGGCUCGGCCGAGGGCUUCCAGGCGGAGCUCUUCGUCAUGGUCUCGGACUUCACACAGGACGUGGUGAAUGGUCCACGCAUUCCCAACAUGUGCUCAGACGGGCACAGUUACUGCGGCAUUCGCAACCAGCCGUACCCUGACCGGCGACCCAUGGGCUUCCCGUUCGACCGCCUGCCACGCCAGGUCGAUCCGGAAAAGCCCACCACACUCGAGAUGUUCCUCACUCCGAACAUGAUCGUCACGCCCGUGCGAAUCUACUUCAACGACAGAGUGGUAGCGACGAGCAACAGAACUAAAUUAGUCAUCUAGAAUCGUUCAGAUGACUCGGUUUACUGUAAUUAGAUAUGCAGAAGUUUCAGUAACUACACGCAGUAGACUAGACUCGUCAGCCCGAGGCAAAUGGAAAAACCUUGAAAUAAUAAUUUGAAAUUAAUUUUUAAUAAAUGUUAGCACUGAUAUUCUGCGUCUUUUUCCAUUAUAAAGAAGUAUUACAAAUGAUGACAAGCUUUUCAUUGUUUGUAGAAAAAUAUUGGACAAUCGAGCGCAAUGUGUUUCAAAAUACUG